CAGAGGUGACCACCCACUGCCCGCCUGCCAUCGACCUCUUUGGAUGAAUUGAAAAUGUUUUUGAAAGCUGCCGGAAGCAAGCUUGUAGUCAUUGAGUUCACAGCCAAAUGGUGUGGCCCCUGCAAGAGGAUCUCACCUCUUAUUCAUGCAAUGUCUUUACAGUACAAAGAUGUGAUCUUUGCUAAUGUGGAUGUGGACGAAUCUCAGGAGCUGGCCGAAACCUACAACAUCAAAGCGGUCCCCACAUUUCAGCUGUUCAAGCAAACUCGGACGGUAAACCUAUUCUCAAGAAUCAAAAGUGCACUUUGCUGUAAUAGAAGUGGACUCAUGACCACCCCGAUUUUUGAAAUGUGUGGAGCUGAUGUCAAGACGCUGGAAGCAAAGAUUCGAGAAUUAAUGUAAGCGGAUCUCCAUGGCAAAAUACACUCGAAACAUUCUAAAAGACAA